AUGGAUGUAAGUGUUGAUUCAUCGCUAUCGUCAUCAACAAAUACAACAACUUCGUCUACUGCUACACCAGCAUCAUCAUUUGUUAAAUUAUUUUUAAAUGAAAUCAAUAAUCAAGAUGUUCAUGGUUUACUUAAUGUUCAACAUUCAUUACUUGAACAAUUAGAUAAAACAAAUGAAAAAUUAGACGGAGUUAAUAAAUUAUCAACAAAACGUUAUUUAGAUGCAACACGAGAUUUUUCAAGUCAUACACAAAUGUUAACAACAAUGAAAAAUGAUCUUAAUUUAAUAUUUAAAAGAAUAAAAUUAUUAAAAAUACGAUUAAAUAAAAAAUAUCCUGAAGCUUAUAAAGCAGCUAUUCAAAUGAAUGCAACACAAAAUGAUUCUCUUGAUGAAGAUGAUGGUGAUCUAAAUGACUUGACGACAUCGACGACGAAACAUAUUGCGCUUAUCAAAUCGAAAACGAUUGAUUGCUCACAAUUUUCAGUAUCAAUGCAUGAAAGCUAUAGUUCGACUCAGCUUGCAAAUAAUAAUAAUAAUAAUCCUAGCGAACAAACAGCAAAUUCAUUUGGUGCUGUACGUCGUUUUGUAUUUGAUAAAUCAUCAGGUGGACAAAAUUUUUCAACAUUAUUUAAAAAUGCUCGUGAUGAAUUAAGAAAAAUUAAUGAUGGUUUGCUUGGUGGUCAAAUUCAAAAACCAUCAAAAGAUGAUGAACAAUGA